AUGGCUGUACCGUCGAAUAGUAGGGCGAUCCUGCUCGCUAUCUUCAUCGCCUUCGGUGGUUUCCUCUUCGGCUAUGACAUCGGCGUUAUCUCAGGAUGUCUGAUCAUGCCCGAUUUCGUGGACCGCUUCGGGCAGGAGAAUCCAGAUGGCACGUUUACCUUAUUCAGUUCGCGCCAGUCCAUCAUCACAUCCCUCCUCUCCGCCGGGACAAUCGUAGGGGCCAUCGCGCAGGCAUUCACCUCCGACCGUUUUGGGCGUCGUGGCUCGAUCCUCAUCUGGUCCGCCAUUUUCACAGCCGGGACUGUCAUCCAGACAGGCACAGUCCAUUCGCUCGCGCAGCUCGUUGUCGGGCGGUUCGUUGCUGGCCUCGGUGUCGGCGCGCUUUCUGCAAUCGUGCCGCUGUACAACGGCGAGACCGCCCCGAAGGCACUGCGUGGCAUGCUCAUCGUGCUAUACCAGGUGCAAAUCAUCAUGGGCAUCUUCCUCAGCUACGUUAUCGACCUCGGGACGCACUCGAUCAGCGGCCCUGCAUCGUGGCGCAUCCCGGUCGGACUGCAAAUGGCGUGGGGCGUCAUUUUGCUCUCGGGGAUAUUCUUCCUUCCUGAAUCGCCGCGCCACUUGCUCGGCACAGGGAGAGAAGAUGAAGCCCGUGCUGUCAUUGCGGAGCUCAACAGCGUACCGGAGAACGAUCCAGCUGUAGUGCAGAUCAUGGAAGAACUCGAGUUCGGUAUUCACGCCGAGAACGACGGUGGUCAAGCUACCUGGAUGGAAUGCUUCUCGACGCGCAACAUGCUCUGGAAACGAACGAUCAAUGGAAUGAUGCUGCAAUUCAUACAGCAGCUUAACGGACAGAACUUUUACUACUACUACGGCGACACUUUCUUCAAGAGUGCGGGAACUACACUCUCGCCGUACGUCAUUCAGACCAUCUUGGGCGCUGUCUCGGUUGCUGGCACCCUCCCCGCGCUGUAUUUGAUUGACACUUGGGGUCGUCGACGAUCGCUCAUGACCGGUGCACUGUUUGAGGCGAUGUGCGCACUCAUCGCAGGUCUUGUCGGCCACUUCCUUCUUGCACCGUCGGGUACGCCACAGGCCGACCUCACUCCGACGAACAAGAAGGGUGGCGACGUUCUGAUUGCGUUUGCGGUCAUGCAUGUAUUCGCGUACUCGAUCUUCUGGGGCCCGACACCAUGGGUGUACCUGGGCGAGUCGUUCCCCCUGCGCGUGCGUCCGAAAGGUAUCGCGCUGGGCAGUGCUACGAACUGGGUAUGGAACUUCCUACUGUCGUUCUUCUCGCCACGCAUCGCGGACGACAUCGGGCCGCUGAUCUUGCUCAUUUUUGCGGGGAUGCUUGUGUUCGGGUUCUGCUAUGUCUACCUGUUCAUUCCCGAGACUAAAGGCCUCUCGCUUGAGGAGGUCGAUGAGAUGUACCGCGCAAAGGUCCUUCCGUGGAACUCGAAUGGCUGGCGCCCGAGUGAGAAGCAUAUGCACGAGAAAGUCGACACUCAGAUGGCGGAUGUACGCGAGGAGAAGACAAAGGGUGAUGACGAGGCAUGA